AUGACCGGCCUCAAUUAUGAUCCCGAAUACUUCAAAGCUAUUGGAUCACCACCCAAAGGACCAAGGGCUGAUCCUCCAACGACGGCCCACGAACUGAGAUCUAAUAUUGAAAACACCAUUCGCAUUUUCGUCACCAACUCGCCAUACCCGUCCGGUAUCAAAGAAACCGUAUACAAAGUCAAGAGCCUCGACGGAACUGAGAUUGAAGUCACUCGCUUCGCAUGCGAGGAAACUCUUGCCUCAGAGAAACCUACGCCGGCAGUCGUCUAUUUCCACGGAGGUGGCUUCGUAGCGUGUACAGUUCCGCCCUUUGCGCCUCAAAUCGCACGUUUCGCAAACGACUCCAAGUUGCCUUACUUCGCUGUCGAUUACAGGCUGGCCCCGGAGUACCCUGCUCCAGCAGCAUUUGAAGAUGCUUGGGCGGCCAUACAGUUCGUAUCAAACUCGGCUGUAGAACUCAAUGUCGACCCUGCCCGGAUCGCAUUGUAUGGCGACAGUGCUGGUGGUGGUCUUGCUGCAGGCGCUGCUUUGAUGGCCAGAGAUCGUCAUCUUGAUCCUCCGAUAGCGAAACAAAUACUGAUUUACCCCAUGCUGGACGAUCGAUACAACCUCAAAGACGAUGACCCAUAUCUCGAGGUCUUGGCAAUGAGGCCAGCUGGAGCCAAAGUCGCAUGGGACGCUUAUCUGUCCAAGCUCCGGGAGGGUGAUGAUGCACAGGCUCUGUCUUACGCUGUUCCUGCCAGGGCUGCCACCUUAAAGGGUCUUCCAUCUACUUACAUCGACAUUGGAUCCCUGGACCUCUUUAGGGAUGAGAGUUUGAGAUAUGCUAAUAGAUUGGCUGAUGAGCAUGUUGAGGUUGAGUUCCAUCUUUGGCCAGGAUUGCCACAUGGGUUCGAUGGUCUGAGAGAGCUUAGUUGGUAUACCCGAGCUACGGAAAGUCGUGUUAGUGCUUUGAAGAGGAUGUGA